AUGGUCGUGCUCCAGGGAUACGCGAGGACUCGCCAAUCGAAUAUCCCGACCUGGCGCGCGUCGCCCGCUGCCCUGGCCCGUCCGUUUGAGGACUAUGUCCGCCAAUUAUACCGAUGGGUAGAGGAAAUCCUGUUUGAAGACGACCAUGCUCCUCCUGCUCGGCCUGGUGAUAAUGCUGAGAACCCCCUCGUCGUCCCCGAGAUUGACGAUGAAGCCGCCACUUCUUGA